UCAUCCAGCGGGGAGCGUGUGGCACUGGCAUCCGGAUCCGGGUCUGGGCGCGCGGUCCCCGGCGGGGUGCGGGGGGCGCGGCGCCAUGGUGCUGAGCCCGGUGAUCGGGAAGCUGCUGCACAAGCGCGUGGUGUUGGCCAGCGCCUCCCCGCGCCGCCGGGAGAUCCUCAGCCAAGCGGGUUUCAGGUUCGAGGUGGUUCCUUCCAGGUUCAAAGAGACGCUGGAUAAAGCCGCCUUCCCCACCCCUUACGCCUACGCCAUCGAAACAGCGAAGCAGAAGGCGCUGGAGGUGGCCUGCAGGAUGCACCAGAAAGACCUCCGGGCCCCCGACAUCGUCAUCGGAGCGGACACCAUCGUGACGAUCGGGGGGCUGAUCCUGGAGAAGCCGGUGGACAAGCAGGACGCGUACAGGAUGCUCUCCAGGUUGAACGGCCGGGAGCACAGCGUGUUCACGGGGGUCGCCAUCGUGCAGUGCUGCAGCGAAGGCGGCCAGCUGGACGUGCAGGUGUCCGAGUUCCACGAGGAGACGGCGGUGCGGUUCUCGGAGCUGUCCGAGGCGCUGCUGUGGGACUACAUCGACAGCGGGGAGCCCAUGGACAAGGCCGGCGGCUACGGGAUCCAGGCCCUGGGCGGCACGCUGGUGGAGUCCGUGCGCGGAGACUUCUUCAACGUGGUCGGCUUCCCCCUGAACCACUUCUGCAGGAGGCUGGCCGACAUGUACCACCCGCCGCACCCGGAGGACCUGCGGAGGGUCAGACACGACUCCAUCCCCCCCGUGGAGACCUUCGAGAUCCCCAGCGACGUGGAAGGCGGCGGCUCGGAUGCUGCUCAGGGCCACCAGGGCUGUGGCCGGGGAAGGGCAGAGGCCGGCGCUGACCCCGCACAGGCUCCUGCUGGCCCGCAGCCGGCAGACGCGGACAGGACGCUGGAGAACCCGCCCCCGUUCCCCUCGGACCUUCUAGAACUCAUAGACGGCUUUAAAGCGUCGAAGGCCCUGUUCACGGCGUGCAAGCUGAAGGUGUUUGAUGUCCUAGCAGACGAAGGUCCCCUGCAGGCAGCGGAGGUGGCACACAAAGUGGAUGCCUGUCUGUGUGGAACCAGGCGGCUGCUGGAUGUGUGUGUGGCCCUGGGGUUACUGGAGAGGACAGACAGAGGUUACGGUAACACGCAGCUGGCCAGCCGGCACCUGGCGUCGCAGGGCGCGUGCCCCCUGCACGGCCUCAUCGCCUACCAUGACGAGUGGGCCUGGGGCACGUUCACGCACCUGGAGUCCGCGGUCCGGGAGGGCGCCCCGCGGGCCUUGGGGAGCACGGCGGAGGCCGCGUCGCAGCUUGUUUUCCUACCAGGUGACUUCUUCAAGGCCAGCCUCCCCGACGCCCACCUGUACAUCCUUUCCAGAAUUCUCCACGACUGGGCAGAGGACGAAGUGCAGGAGCUGCUGCGCCGGGUGUCGGGCAGCUGCAAGCCAGGCGCUGGCCUCCUGGUGGUUGACGCGGCCCCGGAAUGA